AUGGCAAGAACUAAGCAGACAGCUCGUAAAUCCACCGGCGGGAAAGCGCCCAGGAAGCAGUUGGCCACCAAAGCCGCCCGCAAGAGUGCUCCAGCCACCGGCGGAGUCAAGAAGCCUCAUCGUUACAGGCCCGGCACAGUAGCUCUUCGUGAGAUCCGUCGCUACCAGAAAUCCACCGAGUUGCUCAUCCGCAAGUUGCCCUUCCAGCGUUUGGUGAGGGAGAUCGCUCAGGACUUCAAGACUGAUCUGCGCUUCCAAAGUUCGGCGGUCAUGGCUCUGCAGGAGGCUAGCGAGGCUUACUUGGUCGGCUUGUUCGAGGACACCAACCUGUGCGCUAUUCACGCCAAGAGGGUCACCAUCAUGCCGAAAGAUAUCCAACUGGCCAGGCGUAUUCGCGGAGAGAGGGCAGCGGCAGGCUGUCCGUCCCUGAGGCAUUCUGUUUCAGAUACAGCAAUAAGAAUAAAUAUGUCAGGCCGUGGCAAAGGUGGAAAGGGUCUUGGAAAAGGCGGCGCUAAGCGUCACCGUAAAGUUCUCCGUGAUAACAUCCAAGGUAUCACCAAGCCAGCUAUCAGGCGUUUGGCUCGCCGCGGCGGUGUCAAGCGAAUCUCCGGUCUUAUCUACGAAGAGACACGUGGUGUGCUCAAGGUCUUCCUGGAGAACGUCAUCCGCGAUGCCGUCACUUACACCGAACACGCCAAGAGGAAGACCGUUACAGCCAUGGACGUGGUGUAUGCUCUGAAGAGACAGGGACGUCCGCAUUCAUGUAAUAUGAACGAAAUGUCAGGUCGCGGCAAGGGAGGUAAAGGCCUAGGCAAAGGGGGCGCUAAACGCCAUCGCAAAGUACUCCGUGAUAACAUCCAGGGCAUUACCAAGCCGGCAAUUCGUCGUCUGGCUCGCCGUGGCGGUGUCAAGCGAAUCUCCGGCCUGAUCUACGAGGAGACACGUGGUGUGCUUAAGGUGUUCCUGGAGAACGUUAUCCGAGAUGCCGUCACCUACACCGAACACGCUAAGAGAAAGACCGUGACUGCCAUGGAUGUGGUGUAUGCUUUGAAGAGGCAAGGACGUCGGUCAAAAACGCUGCACCACAAGCGCAGCGGAACUUCAAAAAUGGCAAGAACCAAGCAGACAGCUCGUAAGUCCACCGGCGGGAAAGCGCCCAGGAAGCAAUUGGCCACCAAAGCCGCCCGCAAGAGUGCUCCGGCCACCGGCGGUGUCAAGAAACCUCACCGUUACAGGCCCGGUACUGUGGCUCUUCGUGAGAUUCGCCGUUACCAGAAGUCCACUGAGUUGCUUAUUCGCAAGCUGCCUUUCCAGCGUCUGGUGAGGGAAAUUGCCCAGGAUUUCAAGACCGACCUGCGCUUCCAGAGCUCGGCCGUUAUGGCUCUGCAGGAGGCCAGCGAGGCCUAUUUGGUCGGCUUGUUCGAAGACACCAACUUGUGCGCCAUCCACGCUAAGAGGGUCACCAUCAUGCCCAAAGACAUACAGCUGGCCAGACGCAUCCGUGGAGAGAGGGCAUAA